AUGACCAAUCUCAACAAACAGAAUCCGGAUGCUGGCGUUCCGGUUGUUCACGCCCAGCACGAGCAACUGCCCAUCCGUGAGGAGAAGCCCAAGCAAGGGGUAGCGGAUCUGCCUCCUUAUGACGCUCACGCCAGCCCUGUUGACCUUCAACUCCAUCACAUUGCUUCCAAGGAUGCUCUCUUUGUCAAGAUACAGCCUCCCAAGGAACCCUCAAGGCCUAUUAGCCAUGUGGCCUGCGACGUCGUCCUAGUGAUUGACGUAUCUGGGAGCAUGUGCUCAGCUGCUCCUGUGCCUGGUGAAGGCGCAGAAGAAACUGGUCUUUCCGUCUUGGAUUUGACCAAGCACGCAGCAUUCACCAUCAUCGAGACAAUGGAUGAGAGAGAUCGUCUCGGCAUUGUGACGUUUGAGACUGAAUCCAAGGUGGUGCAGUGGCUUGAGCCCAUGACAGACACCAACAAGGAAGAGGCUCGCAAAAGAGUCAAGGCCCUGAAACCAAUGGGCUCGACCAAUCUCUGGCACGGUAUGCUGGAUGCAAUUAAGCUCUUCAACAAGGAGCAAGACAGCCAUCGCGUGCCAGCCAUGAUGGUCUUGACCGACGGAGAGCCAAACCACAUGUGUCCUUCAAAGGGCUACAUUCCGAAGCUAAAGUCCAUGCCUCCUUUGCCCGCCACCAUUCACACGUUUGGCUUCGGGUACAGCCUUCGAUCCGGGCUGCUAAAGUCCAUUGCCGAGUUCAGCGGCGGCAAUUACGCCUUCAUUCCCGAUGCUGGCAUGAUCGGAACCGUCUUUGUCCAUGCCAUCGCCAACUUACAAUCCACCUUUGCAACAAAGGCUUCGUUGAAGCUGAAAUACGCGGCCACACUUGAGAUUGAGGAGACAGUUGUUGAUACUGUCGACAAGCAUGCUCCGGUUGAUAUUGGCAAUGGGCAGAAGGAGUUGACCAUUUCCUUGGGAAACAUCCAGUACGGACAGUCACGAGACCUUUGGCUCCGCUUCAAGGGUGACGCACAGGAAAAGCAGGCCUUAGUCGAAGCCACUCUCAAGUACGAGGAGACUGAGAAGCCAUCACCAGGAUUGGUCUCGACACGCCUCGGUGACGAUGCCCGUGGCGUGGUGACCCUCACCGAUAAAGAAGUGGUAUUCCAUGAAUCACGAGCACUCGUCUGCAAAUUCAUCUCGUCUCUGUUCCCACUCGCAUCGGAUGGAGAAUACAGAGCACUGACAGCAGUAAACGAGCAAACCGAACAUCGACAACAGCUAGCAACGCUCAUCGAGUCUCUGCCCGGCCGCGAACUUACCGACGAUCUGAACAAGGCUCUGAUGGAUGAUCUCAAAGGCGCAGAGCCCAGAGGUCAGAUCAGCAUCGCCCUAUCGACGCCGGAAUUCUUUGUCAAAUGGGGCCGGCACUUUUUGCCAUCGUAUGUCAAUGCCCUCAGCCGGCAAAUCUGCAACUCGUUCAAGGAUGCGACACCGCUUCAAUUCGGCUCUCAGAGCCCACUGUUCAUCGCUUGUCGUGAUCGCUUGGACAAUGCCUUUGACAACAUUCCGGCCCCUGAGCCAUCCCGGGUCAUUUUGCGUAACAGGGGCAGAGUCAACAGCAGCAGCACCACCUCUCAUACAACCAUGGCCAGGUACCGGAACUCCUCUGGCGUGUGCUUCGCGGGCUCGACCACCGUGGAACUAGCUUCGGGCAAGAUGACAGAAAUCAGAAAGCUCAAGAGCGGGAUCCGGGUGCGCACGCCUCUCGGGCCGAGAAAGGUGGCCAUGGUCCUCAAGACAAAGGUGUCGAGCGAGGUGCUCUACCGGAUCGGCUCGCUGCUCGUCACACCGUGGCACCCCCUGUCCAUGGACGGCAGGAACUGGGACUUUCCGGCCAACAUGUCGGACAUUCCGGUGCUUUACACCGGCUUCAUCUACUCUGUCUUGCUGCAGCCCGAUAGGAGACCAGAUGCUCAUGCCAUUCGCGUUGCCGAUACCUGGGGUGUUACGUUGGGACACGGCAUCCUGAGGGGAGCAGCUGAUGUUCGAGCGCACGAGUUCUUUGGCGACUAUGUGAGAGUGCGGAUGGGGCUGAUGAAGCUAGAGGCUGCGGGCAGGAAAGGCGUCGUCAGAGGAGGAGGCAUUGAACGGGAUCCUAUGACGGGACUUGUGAGAGGAUUUCGCCGCAUGUCGGAAGAUACACCCAUUGAGAAGAGAGUACAAGUUUGA